AUGAAGGUAACUUUAUACGCCGUUCUCACAGCUCUGGCUGUCAGUGAUGUCUCGGCACACGCUAUUUUCCAGCAACUCUGGGUCGAUGGCGUCGAUAUGGGCUCUCAAUGCGUCCGUAUGCCGAAAUCCAAUAGUCCCGUGACGAAUGUCGCCGGCGCAGAUAUCAGAUGCAAUGCUGGAGGAACAUUAGGCGUCUCGGGCAAGUGUUCUGUGGCUCCGGGGUCAACAGUGACGGUUGAGAUGCACCAGCAACCCGGAGACAGGAACUGCAAGAAUGAAGCCAUCGGUGGUGCUCAUUACGGUCCGGUCAACGUAUACUUGAGCAAGGUUGACGAUGCGUCCAAGUCAGAUGGAUCAGGGUCGUUCUACAAGAUUUUCCAGAAUUCGUGGGCACCAAAGUCGGGAGGCAACUCGGCCGAUGAUGACUUCUGGGGCACGAAAGACUUGUCCAACUGUUGCGGCAGAAUGGAUGUGCCCAUUCCCGCAGACACACCGGCCGGUGAUUAUCUUCUCAGAGCCGAGGUCAUCGCUUUGCACACUGCAGGAUCCUCUGGAGGAGCCCAAUUCUACAUAUCUUGCUACCAGAUCACCGUGAAAGGGUCUGGCAAGGCGUCCGCCGCGGUACCGGCUGGGGUCAAGUUCCCAGGGGCCUUGAAGGCAAGCGACCCUGGUAUUCUCGUCAAUAUCCACUCGAAGCUGUCCACAUACGUGAACCCUGGCCCGACUGUCGUCCCUGGUGGCGAGGUGAGAACACCAGGUCUCGGUUGCACGGGGUGUGAGAAGACUUGCGCUGUUGGCAAGGGUGCCGUGGGCACUGUAGUCCAAGAUUCACCUCCAGCAGAGACUGGUGCCUCGAAUGCAGGUGGAAGUGCGUCUGGGAGUUCAGGUGUGUGUGCUCAGGCCCAGUAUCAGCAAUGCGGCGGAACUGGGUACACUGGUUGUUCGACUUGUGCGUCUGGAGCAACAUGCAAAGCACAAUCGCCUUAUUAUUCCCAAUGCAUCUAG